AUGGCUCAAAUCAGUGGUUUUAUGUGUUGUUUGUGUUUUUUCACAAUUUUAAGCGGGAGCGCCAUAUUUGCUGAAACAGAGUCCAGAUGUCGAAACCCGCCCACAGCACCGCAGAAGAUCGAAAGAGUUAUCAGUCUUUGUCAGGAUGAGAUCAAACUUUCGAUAUUGAGAGAAGCGCUUGAUGUCAUUAAAGAAGAACAUACGAUGCCCGGUGAAAGACGAAGGAACAAAAGAGAAGUUCCCUUCACACACGACGAAAAGAGGAUAGCUGGGUGUCUACUGCAGUGCGUCUACCGGAAAGUGAAAGCAGUUGACGGUUUUGGUUUCCCAACACUUGAAGGUCUGGUUGGGCUUUACUCCGACGGAGUGAACGAGCGAGGCUACUUCAUGACCGUGCUGGAGGCGUCACGCGAAUGUCUGAUGCGGAACCACGACAAAUUCUCCAGAACUGUGCCUAUGGACAACGGCCGCAACUGUGACGUGUCGUUUGAUAUCUUCGAGUGCAUAUCAGACAGGAUCGGGGAAUAUUGCGGCAAUUCUGGACUAUAA